AAGGUUUUCACUUUCUGAAUCAGACCCAGAUUGGUCUCUGGGGUUUGGGGGUUAGGGUUCUGGGAAAUGGAAGCCAGGAAGCUCCUCAACGACAAGAAAUUCUGGGUGGCAUCUUUCCUCAUUGCUUGGGCUGCUGCUCUCCAGGGGCACAUGAUGUGGGUGCAGAGACAGGAAUCCUUCAAGCAAAAGUUUGGCAGUUUCAGCGAAACCGAAACCAGUGAUGCCGAAAAAUAACGAAAACAGGACAGAUUUGUUUGAAAGCACAUCAAAAUUUGUAUGUAAACAAAACAAUUCCCAGUUUAAUUUGUUUUUAGUUUAUGAGUUCUAUUGUGUAGCUUGGGAGCUUUGACUUUUAGUAAUCCGACUGAAAUGUGAAACUUUUGGUAGACAUAUGCAAUAUGCAUUGUGAUAUGCAAAGAAAUAAAGUGAUUGUGGGGUAUAAAUUAAAGGCAAAGUUCAUUUU